AGCAUAUUUCUGAGUAUAUGAGAGGCUUGCGCAAAGACGCCAGCACUACUGCAACCCACCGAGCACAGAAGUCUCAUCAGUGAGCCAGCACAUCGACUAACUGCAACAAUGAGUGACAAACCCGACAUCUCAGAGGUGACCAGCUUCGACAAGUCCAAGCUGAAGAAGACAGAGACGCAGGAGAAGAACCCCCUGCCUACGAAAGAGACCAUUGAACAGGAGAAGCAAGCAUCAUGAAGCCCCUCCCUUCCCGUCAUGCACUGUACACCCCCUUCUCCUCCUGCAUUGCCUUGUUUUCAGUCACUUCUUUUAGCUGUAUAACUCUGUAACCGAAAUUAUGAAUCGACGACUAUAACCAAGCUGCACAGCCAUGUGGACGGAUGAUGCCUCUGUCAGCCUCAUCCCCCUACCCAGUUCCCACCUUCGUGCUCCGUUCUGUUGGCCUGUAACAGAGGAGGAGGGGGCUCUGAUCUGGUCCAAACGCCACCGAGACUGCCAAUGCUGACCUGCAGGUUGGGGGGCCGUGGGGCGUGGUCUGCGCUCCAGGAAGCUCAUCAUCGUCGCACCUUCACCACCACCCAGCAUCCCGUGUGGCUGCUUUUGCGCCAAAGCCGAGGCGUCGGGCUCUUUUUCUUUUUCGUCUUCUAAUUUUCGGAAAUGCACAACUUUGUUCGUACGCUGGCCAAAAUGUAAAUGCCCAAAAAUUGAUACUGUCACAACUUUUUUUUUUUUUUUUUGUAUGUAUACAUACA